AUGUCAUUUCUCAAAGCAUUCGUGAGGUUGCUUAUUGCAGCUUCUUUCUCGCUCGCAACCGCACAGAAUGGCAGUUAUCCCUCCAACACAGUUCAGAUCGUCAAAGGUGUUGACCUUCAGCUUCCACCCACUGCUUUUGGUGGUGGGAUCGAAGGUGCUGCUGUCAAUGCCCAGGGCGACGUCUUCGCUGUAGAUUACCGUGCGGCAGGCGCAGGGCCAAACAAGGCCUUCGGAUUCUUCAGCGAGACCGAAGGGGGCACUGAGAGCGUUCUCAACCUGGCAGCCAACCCGAUCUUCAACGCCUCGACAGAAGGUGUAGCUAAUCCACCUUUGAUCAACGGAGCGAGAUUUCUCAAAGAUGGUCGAAUUCUAAUCGCGGAUGCUAACAACAGCCGUGUGCUUUCGGUCAAAGACGCACGCUCCUCCACCUUCUGCACAGAUGCGGCGAUGCUGCAACCGAACGAUCUCGCCCUGUCCGUCAAUAUCCCCGAAAUGAUCUAUCUCUCUGGACAAAACUUCACAGAGACCACAAUUGCCGGGCAGCAUGGCGCCCUCUGGACCUGUGCUGGCAGCACCGCCAUGCAAUUUCCCCCAGCCCUUCUCGCCCAGGCGGACGUACAUCGUACCAACGGCAUUGAGACAUCCCCCUGCGGAAGACACCUCUACCUUUCCUCCGCCACAAACGUCGCCGGUAACGUAACAGCCAACCGUAUUUACCGCUUCAACAUUCAUACACCUACCGGUAUUCUUAUAAGCCAGACACCAUCUGUGUUCUACGAGUUUACUGGUGCCGAUGCCGCAAUCGAUAUCGAUGGUAUGCGUGCUGACGUCCGCGGCAACCUAUACGUCACACGUAAUGGUGAUGGUAAGAUCGUCAAACUUUCUCCGGAGGGUCAACUGUUGAUGACCAUCAACUUACCUGGCAUGGGAGGACCGAGUAAUCUCGAAUUCGGCGGUGCAGAGGGCAAGACAUUAUUCGCAGUCGGGUCAUGUAAGGCGAAUGCCACUAUCGGCUGCGCUGCCAAAUUUGAAGGCGAAACGGUCGGAAAGGCAUUCAGGCUCCUCCAAUAG